AUGUCUUGGGACCUCUGGGGUUGGGUCCAGGUCGUGAACACAUCACAGCGCUGGGGGUCUGAGGUGCUGGCCCCGGGCCUCGCGAGCGCGCUGGGCAGCCUGCCCGGCGCGGGCAGGGACGGUGCUGGCCACAUCGCGGUGCCGGUCCCAGAUGCGAGGCUGGAGGCGCUGGCGCGGCUGGAGCGCACGAGGCCGGUGCAGGCCACGGUGGAGGUGGCCGAGGCGGAGGGCGGCGUCGAGGACGAGCUGGCGCACGCGGUGGGCGGGGCCCUGGGCGCCGGGGGCCCGCCGGAGCUCUCGGGCCGGCUGCUGGCGUUCCUGCGCGGGUCCGCCGCCGUGGUGCUGGCGGUGCCGUGCCCCGGGGGCGGCGGCGCCAGCCCGGUCGCGUGGCUGGAGGCCGCAGAGGGGGCGCUGGUGGCUUCGGACCUGGAGGCCCUGGAGCAGCAGACGUGCAAGGCGGGCGCCACGGGCGCGGCGGCGGAGCUGGACCUGGCGAAGCUGGGGAAGGCGCUGAAGGGCUCGAAGGACCCCGCGGUCAAGAGGGACGCGGAGAGCCUCGCCAGGGACGUGGUCGCGCCAGGCCUCGAGUCCCUGCGCGCACGGCUGCGGGCUGGCCUGCCGGCCCGCGGGGCGCGCCCCGGGCUGGAGGGCGGCGCCGAGGCGGGCGGGGCGCCCUUCCCCGCGCUGGACGCGCGCUUCGAGGAGCUCGCCAAGGGCUGGCUGAACGUGGUCGUCACCUGGAGGCCCCUCCUCCUGGUCGCGGACGUGCCGGAGGCGGAGGCCGCGGGCGGCAGCGGCGCCGCCGCGGAGCUCGCCGCGCACGCGGGGCGGCGGGGGCUCCCCUGCGUGGCCGCGUGCCUGGCGCUGGAGCGCGAGCGCGUGGCGCUGCUGGAGGAGCCAGACUUCUUCCGGGAGUACCUGGCGAGCCUCGGCCUCGCGGGCGAGGGCGCGGACGGCGCGGGGGGGUGGCGCUCGCAGGCCAGCGAGGUGGUGCACAGGCUGCCGCCGCUGUUGAACCUGCUGACGUACUAUACCGCGGGGGAGAAGGAGGCCAAGGCCUGGAUGUGCCCCAGGGUCCGCAGGGACGGCUCCUCGCUGCCGUUCCGCCUCGCCGGGGGGCCGGCGGCCCCCGGGGCGGCGGAGGGCGACGGCGUGCCAGCCGCCCUGGCCGCCCGCGCGAUCCACACCAGCUUCGAGAGCCGCGCCAAGGGCGUGCUGGUCUGGAAGUUCGAGGACCUGGAGGCCCUGGGGCCCGCCGAGGCCGGGCCGGGCGCCAAGGAGCGCGCGAGGGCCGCGGGCAAGAUGCAGAAGCGGGCGGCGCACGCCCUGCUGCAGGAGGGCGAGGUGGUGGAGUUCACGCUGGGCUGACGCCCGAGAUCCGGGGGGGGCGUCGGCCGCCAGGCCUGACCCCUUCGAGUCAU